AUGCUCCAGUUCCUGCUUGGAUUUACUCUUGGCAAUGUGGUGGGAAUGUAUCUGGCUCAGAACUAUGACAUACUUGAAGAAAUUAAAAAGGACGUGGACGCCAAGAAGAAACCCCCUAGUUCAUGA